AUGUCGCUGUGGGGCAAAGCCUGGGAUAUGGUGCGCAUCGGAGGGCCUGUUUCUUGGGAGAUGGCACACUCUCUAGCAGCCUAUCACUCCCUCCAAGCCCUGGGCCUUCUUUACGACACUUUCAACAACGCGCCCGGUUGGCGCUCCCUCGGGGAUAACGACGUACCUGCCUUUAGCGCAAUCCGGAUUCCUGAGUCCUCCGCAGUUAUCCAAUCGAUGGCCGUGCAUGGCGACCUCGCCAUCCAGAUGUACGAGGCGCAGAAAGCACACAGCAAGCACAGCUGGGCACGAUACUCCACCGGAUGGAACGCGCUUCUCCUCAUCCCCGGUGUCCUCCUUACUACCUCUUGUAAUGACCGCUCGAAUUCCAGCAGCAGUAGCAGCGCAGGGGCCUGGGAAGCCACCUCCAAUUCCAACGCAACCAUCACCCUCAUCAUCGGCCCCGUCACCACCGACAACGACAACAGCGACAACGCCUUCCCUGGUGCCACCUGCCAGCUCCAGGUCCAACAAGCCCAGAUCCCCCUGGGUCAAUGGCUGUACUCCGGCACCAGUAACUACGCCUACGCCAUCGACUACGGCGAGAACAACCCCAUCCCGGCCCUCGCCCUCCUCCCCAAGAACAGCACGUCUCAGGCCGACGCUUCCAUCGCCGCCGAAACCACCAGCUGGUUCACAGCGAUUCUUCCCAACCUCCAAUCCUUCACAUCCGACCCUGCCCUCCUCAACCUCACCUCGCUAGCGCUCACCCUGGCCGAUGACCUCGUCAGUCUGAACCGGGGGUAUACGCGCCUGGAUGGGGUCGCAGCUGUUGUUGCCACGGUAUUCACGGACAUGAUAACCUCGUUCGACUGGACAUAUUCCGCUGUGCUGCAGGGGGCGACUUCAGAGGAGGGUGGUGGUAGCAAUGGUACGGUCCAGACGACCCUGCAGGGUCCCGUGCGGUGGCAGCUGUAUGGGUCCGGACCGCGGUUGCCGUGGGAAUGGACCAUCGCCAUCGUGCUGGCGGUGGCGGUAGCAGUGCAUGUGGUGGACCUGGGGGUGGUAGUAUGGUCGCGGGGGUUGCGGGAGGGGUUUUGGCUGAGUGUGGAUGGGAUGAUGGCUGUUGCGGGUGCAACGGGGAGGACCCCUACUCCUUCUCCUUCUGCCUCUGCAUCGGCUUUUGCUGGAGAUGCGGGUGUGACGAAGGAGGGGCCCACGGAGACGAGGUAUAUCGUUCGAGAAGAGAAGCCAGACACAUUAGAGGGGCAGGCGGGCGCGGGCGAGGAGGGGAAAGUGGUGUUGCUGAAGGCUGGGGAGGAAGAUGAUGAGGACCGGUAUGCGGUUAUGCGGCCGGGGAGGAAGUACAGAGGUGUUGGAUAG